AUGAUGGCGAGGAGCGCGAUAAGAGGCGGGAUGGGUUUUAUCGGCAUCUUGCUGUCGAGAGCCGCGUCGUCUGCCUCCGCCAGGCCGCAGCCUUGGGGCCGCGUGUACUCCACGGCGCUCGGCGUGCGGGGAGGAGCGUCCUCGGCUACCGCCGAGGCGAUCGGGGUCGAUACUGCGGCGGCAGGGAGGCCAGGACCGAGUGGCCAGACGUCGUCUCCUGCUGCGACUAGCGAUCCUUUCCAGCACCUGCCAGGGAUUGAGCCGUCGCUGCUGACUGUUGAGCGCACUACGACUCCUCGCGAGAAGCAGGACAAGUCGACCCUCGUCUUCGGGCAGACGUUCUCGGACCACAUGCUGCACCUCGACUGGGACAACGAAGAGGGCUGGCAAGCCCCCAGGAUCCUGCCGUACGGGGACCUGCGCAUCAGCCCGGCCGCCUCGUCCCUUCACUACGGCUUGCAGUGCUUCGAGGGGAUGAAGGCCUACCGAGACGCCGAGGGACGCGUGCGGCUGUUCCGGCCGGAACUCAACAUCCGUCGCCUCAACAGAUCCAUGGAAAGGCUUCGCUUUCCCAAGGUCGACGAGGAUGGCAUGAUCGAGCUCAUCAGCAAGCUCGUGCUCGAGGACGCGGACUGGAUCCCGGAAGGGGACGGGUACUCGCUCUACCUCCGCCCGACGGCCGUCAGCACCCACCCGUACUUGGGAAUCACUGCGGCGGCAAACCUGAAGCUUUUCGUCAUCCUGUCGCCAGUCGGCCCGUACUACAAGGAGGGCUUUAACCCGAUUAAGCUCUACGCGGACACUGAGCACAGGCGGGCGUGGCCGGGGGGAAUGGGUUUCGCCAAGGCCGGCGGCAACUACGCCCCCACGAUACAGCCGCAGGCACAGGCGCUGGAGGAGCACGGCUGCGCGCAGGUCCUGUGGCUGUUCGGAGAGGAGGACUACGUUACCGAGGUUGGCGCGAUGAACAUCUUCUUCCUCAUGGCGAAGGAGGGGGGCGGGGGUGUGGAACUCGUGACGUCACCUCUCGACGCAGGGGACAUCCUCGACGGCGUGACGCGGAGAUCGGUUCUGGAGCUGGCGAGGGAGUGGCGAGAGCUCGAACGCGGCGUCCCUCUCGAGGUCAGCGAGAGGCGUCUCACCAUGGGAGAGGUCCUCAAGGCAUCCCGGGAGGGACGGGUAAGGAUGAAACGUCGGUGGCAGAGUAGGACGGAAGAGGGGGAGGUCCCCCAUGACGAAGAAGGGAAGAAAAGGGGGCGUUCAACUGCUCGUGUCGAACACGUAGGAGUAUAGUAUAUGUUUGGGAAGGCCCCAUCGUUCGUGUAGCCCGCUGCUGGCAAGAUGUCGAGCUUUUCCUAGGAGAAUGAAUCCUGGGGGUGUAGUGCGGUACUCUGAUGCGACCGCAACAAAAUAACCACACAAGGCACUACUGCGUCCACCCCACCCCACUGCCGCAGUUGACCGACUCCCGCGAUUCUCCUCCAUCUCUCAGCCCCCCCCACUCUCCCGUUCCCUGGUGUGUUGGUUUUCCGUGGUGUUGGUUUUUUGUUGUCCAGCUUCUUGAGGUGUUCGGCACGGGUACGGCCGCCGUCAUCUCACCGGUAAACGGCAUCAAGUACAGGGAGCACGACAUCGAGGUGCGCCCCGUGGGUUG